AUGAAGUGGCUAUCUAAGCUAAUCCACGUUGGUCGGCCUAAUCACACCCUCCCAAACCCAGCAGAAGCAGGUCCAAACCCGGAUUUUUCGCGACGACGGCGGCGAGACCGAGCUUAUGAUUUCGAAGAUAUCAUAGUCCCGGCCCAUAUGUCCGGUGUGAGCGAUGAGCUUUCUCCUGCAAGAGGGCAAAUGAGCAAUACAUUUCAGUUCGCACAACUGGGAAAGAGUUCUACCGGAAUACCCCGUGCAACCAGUUCGCAACGAGAAAAUUCUCAACUUACACCUAGGAAAAUAACAUCACAGAGCGAAGAAGAGUUACAAGAGGAAAGGAGGCUAUUUGGAGGCUCCAGGAAGGAUCCAAACGCCGUUCGUAUAAUACCAGGAACCUUGCCACGAAAAGGAGGAUCUGCCUCAAAUUUAAAGGCCCUGGAAAAUUUCAGCCCACGGAACACCCUCUCUUCAAACUCCGCUAGAACACCAGUCCAAACUUUUGGCGAGAGACACCCCGAGAGGCUUAUCCGUCCGCUCUCGUACAUACAAGAUGUUGUGGCAGUCACUCAGGACGAGGAGAAAGGAAACCAUCCGCGCAAGAGACAGAAGACUGACGAUUCACCAGCUUCCGCGGACGUUAUCGAGGUGAAUGAUGAUGAAUCCGUAAUUCGCGUGGAACCUCCCUCCUCCGCCAGAUCUAGGAACUUCGGCCAGCGAUAUUCGAGCAAAACUCGCUCUAUAAGUCAACAGGACUGUACUACUCCUGAGUUCUGGAACGUUGAAGGUAGGGUACAGGAUUUCAAAGACAAAACUUUACGUGCUCCCGAUUUGACUGAGGAUGAACGAUUCACGAUGGAAGCCAAAGCGCAACGAUUCGGAAAAAAAACCAGCCCACACUUCGCACGUACCGUGGGUUCACAUUUGUUAUCCCCUACCGAACAAAUGUUGACUGUUGAGCUUUCUCCGCUGGAUAAAUUGGAUGGUGCAGGGCCCAUGCAGGCGGAGACGAUGGAAUCUGCGGAAAUUCUCGAAAAUUCAUUCGUACAAACCGAUGGCCAACUACAAUUUUCUGACAUACUUGACAGCCCAGAUGAAAUCCAAGGAGAGAAAACCAUUCGCGAAACUUGGAGAAGCAACUUUGAGGGUCAUCAAAAUAGAAUGCCUGGUGAUAUUAACCCGACCAACUUUUCCAGAGCGAAAAGGGAUCGCAAACAUGCGGUUCACAGGAUUAGACUAUCCAACCAUACUCGGUCGUUUUCCGUUAGGUCAUUUGACGACAGAAUGCAGACUGUGGAGGGGAAAUGCACGCUUAUUGUUAACACGAGGGCUAGUACUUUUACUAUCAGGAAUGAUGAUGAUGAUUCAUCGCAGUCAAGAGAAUUCAAUAUUCUCAAAAUCAACCAGGUUUUGUAUGGUGGCCCAAGGGCUGCGGUGAAGUUUCCCCUUUCCUCGGGAGCAAGAGACGACAUAAAUAUACGAUUUUCAACCGAGAAGGAAUGUUGGGACUACUGUAUCUUGAUGGGGGAAUUGAACAGUAGUUCUAAAUUGACUGAAAAAACGAAUCCUUGGAUGACAAACGCGUUUAAUCGUGAUGCUCAUCUCGGUCGAAGGAACCGUCAACGUAGCCGCUCAAGACGCAAAAGCCCCCAGGAUGGGCAAACUGACACCCCCACUCAACCUUCAAAGCCAACCAGACGCCAGAAGAUUAGUGAGACCCUGCUUGGUGGCGACGGGACGAUUGGAAAUUAUUCCCGGGACACCACACCUCAUUUCCGCGGGCCCUGUAAGAACGGACAUGUAUUUUCACCUUCUCGGAAUCAUAGUCAACCCGACAUAGAUGAUCCCGCAGCUAUUCCUAUCAAAACAUACAAACCUUCUGUGUGCUUGCGUGUCACCCGCUCGCGAGCUCACCAGCAGCCCUCUUUCACUGACAGUGACCACGAACCAUCACCCUCUCCCCUCCGGAAUACUCGUAAAUGGACAAAGCCGCUUGUUUACCCGCCUCAAGGUAAAAAGAAAGCUGAAGUGGAGUUCCACGAUUUGGAACGCUUAGGCGAUGGCGAAUUCUUAAACGACAAUCUCAUCGGGAUUUAUCUGCGUUUUCUUGAGCAUCACAUGGAACGGAAUAGACCCGAUCUUGCUAAGCGUAUUUACUUUUUCAACACCUACUUUUUCGCAAGCCUGACAAACACUCCCAGAGGUCGGAGGGGUAUUAACUACCAGGCGGUGGAGAAAUGGACGAGGAGCGUGGACAUAUUCAAUUAUGAUUAUAUUAUCGUUCCCAUCAACGAAAGCGCCCAUUGGUUUUUGGCCAUUAUAUGCAAUCUGCCUAGCCUCUGUCGCACGGAAUGCAAAAAUGAGAACAUAAUCGACGGGCCAGCCCAAAUACAGGAGAGUGGUGGUUUGAGAAAUCGAGAAAGGGGAGGAAAAGUCAAAGUUGAACCGCAAACCGGAGCCGAUACUACCAUUGGCGUGCAGACAGCACAAAAUGGUAAGGACCAAAUCCUCCGCAAACGUUUUUUUUCAAUGUCCUUAUCAGAUAAAGUUCCCAAGACAGAAGUCCGACAGAACGAGACAAGUCGCUUGAAGGAACGUGAAUCUCCGGACAUUAAUGACUGGCCGGACGAGGAAGAGAACGGACCGUCCCUCCCCAUGGUUCAGCCCGAGGAUGAAGAAAAUAUUUUACAACAAUACGAUCGGCCCAAACAACUACAAUCUGGUAAAUCAAGGGAUUUAGGGCCCCCAAGAAAGAAAUCGGCCCGAAAGUCCCAAUUUGACUCUAAACAGCCCAUCAUCAUCACUUUUGAUUCAUUGGGAUGUCAGCGAUCCCCUACAGCUCGGAUCCUCAGGCAAUACCUUGAGGAGGAAGGGAAAGCGAAAAAAUCACUUACCAUUGACCCGAAAAAAAUUCUGAGCAUGACUGCUCAACAAAUACCGCAUCAGCCUAAUUUUUCUGAUUGUGGACUGUAUCUCUUGGCAUAUCUUGAAAAGUUCAUGCACGAUCCAGAUGAAUUAAUUAGGAAAUUGGUGAAUAGGGAGAUGAGUGAACAGAAUGACUGGCCGCUAAUGAAAUCUCGAGUUCUUCGCCGGCGACUUCGGAACUUUCUCCUAGCCUUGUACGACGAGGCGGAGGGAGUGGCUCAGGAAGGAAGUAAGUUGGUGAAUGUGAAACCUCUGAAAAUCCUCCUGGGAGACUCUGUACACUCUCCAAAGGCAUCGCCAGCUAAGUCUUCUGAAUGGAGGGGGAAGCAACAUGGAUACGAGGAGUGCCCAAGCCCCGAAGCCACGCCCAACACUGAAGAGAAAAAGAAAACAGCACAUAGUGCUGAGAAAGAACCACAGCAGGCUACACCAACACGAUUCUCUCUUUUGCCUCGUCAAAAUGACCAGCAAAGAACAACAAAGACCACGAGAGCUAUUGGAGAUGAUGCUGCUCAGCAGUACACAGCCCAGGCGAUGCCUUUAGGAAUUUCGGCAUAUGGAUGCCAAAAUGCUGCAAUUGAAGAUCCGCCCGUCGAAGUUCCCAGAACUCCUUCACCAGAUAUUGUUGGGAUGAGAGUGUCACGUCUUUCUACUCGCAAAUCGAGCCCAACUACACGCUCUCAGGGAUUACCCAGCCAAAACCAAGAGAUAUUGGACGGAAUUUAA